CCAUUAGCUAGGCCAUCAGAAGCUAGAUAAAGGCAUCUGCCAUUUAACUGUAUUAGAGCAACAUUUGGAGUGACAGUGGAAUCAACCAAUCACAUUUCGACUGAGUAAAUAAAACCAAAUAAAAACAUCUGUUUUGUCCAGGACUGGAGUCUACACAGAUGGUGCACUUUUGCCAAUCAGAGCUUUCUACAAACAAGCCAUUUGCCACAUGGGCCUGCCAUCAUUCAUUUUGAACUGGACUUUGUGUUUAUAGGCAGUUGCAACAGUGUGACUUUAGAUAAUUAGAAUGCAUUAGCCAGAAGCCACAAAUUACACCUGAAUGGAUUUCUGCAAAUAUGUAAAUACCACAGGAGUCCUCUUACAUUUUGGAACUUUACAGUCCUAUUGAUCAAACAACCAAGACAAGGUAGGCUCUCUCUCCCUCAGUAAUGCACAACAAGAUAAACAAAUAAUGCAAGCCAGAGCAAGAUGAGCUAAAAUCUAACAAAGGAACAUUAGAUAAACCUUCUCAAACUUUUUGAGCUAGUUGACCAUCAAAAUUGCACUGAUAAAUGAUGGAGAACUGUAGCCUCCUCAUCCUUCUGCAGCUUGCCUGCAUGCUUGUCCCAGCAAAGCACCCAAGCUCACUGGCUAUAGCUGGCUAGUCUCCUAGCUAGCUACUUCCAGACACAAAUGAGAGAACACCUCACUCUGAACCUUUUACUCAACGUAGCAGAGCUGGUUAGGCUGUUUUCAUGUUAUCUAGAGCGUGCUUGACUAACUAUUGCUUUUUUUGCCUAUGUUUACUGACCCUGUCAUAUUCAGCAGGUGUUGCGCAUUUGUAAAUGCAUCAGUCGUUCUGUGCUAAAUUGGAGUAGAUAGCCAGAGUGAAUUUUCAAACGCAAGACAUACGCUAAUUGUAUAGCUGUCAUUCAAGUUCUUGCUACCUAACCAAAUUACACCUGCACCUCUAGCUGUGAAUAGCCACCGGAAAAACGAUAUGAGGGGAAAAAGUCAGUCACUCCUCCAAUGGCAUGGCAUCCUCCUAGCAGCUAGCUAGCUAGAUACUCCAGCCUAUUAGCCACGUUAUGACAGACUUGUGAUCAUUGCCCUUGCAAGUUUGAUUGUAUUGACAUUCCCAGCCUUAGUUACAUUUGUCCAUUUUUUGUUCAGAAUAUUGAGUCAUUGAAACUGAAACAGUGCAUCCAGGAUGCAGAAAACCAUGUACCAGGCCAGCUGUGAUUUACAACCGGAUAGCAAUAUUUUUUGGACUACCAAGAAAUGUAUUGGCUUAGUGUAUGUUAUGGAACAUAGGUUCUAUUUAACUCAAUUUUUAAAACCUCUUAUAAAGUUGAUUUUGUAGCAUAAACUGGGAAUUUGAUAUUUUUGACUGAUUAUGAUUGUCUGUUUGUUUCAUAUCUGCAAAGUAGUUAAAACGCUGAAGUACCACUUUAAACUUUAGGUCACCGGUUACUUUGUGUGCUAAACGUUAAAUGUUUUUUUUUGCUCUGGUAAGUAAUAGAUGUUUAUAGAAAAAAAUAUAUGCUUAAACCACAUCAAUGUGAUUUGAUGGGCCUGUCAAGGCUUGGUUUCCCUGUGGGUUUCCCAUGUCUCCGCCCCUGAUGACAAUUGAUAACAUGAAUUGAAACGUCUUUCUUACCCUACCGAUGUUAAAACCAGUCGAGAGCUGCUCAGAUUAUAUUCCGUUGGACUAGACUGUGUGAAUAUAUUUCACGUGCUUUGCGAUUGUGUAGGCUACUUUGUGCAUGAUUUCACAAUUGUACUAGUAAUUGAUCAAUCGUAUACCUCCACCACGCUACUUUGAUACGCAUCAGUAGGGACUAAGAAGUGAGUAUAAGCAAUGACCACUGAAAAUAAAUAUGGGUAUAAGGCUUCAGGGCUCCCGAGUGGCGCAGCGGUUUUAGGCACUGCAUCUGUGCUAGAGGCGUCACUGCAGACCCUGGUUCGAUUCCAGGCUGUAUCACACCCGGCGGUGAUUGGGCGGCGCACAAUUGGCCCAGCGACGUCCGUUUUAGGGUUUGGCCGGGGUAGGCCGUCAUUGUAAAUAAGAACGUGUUCUUAACUGACUUGCCUAGUUAAAUAACAAAUAAAUAUAUACCUGCGUAUACCCUCCAAUAGAUGUGUGCGCUGGUAUUACGGUUGCUUUAAGAAUCUCGAACCUGUCACACGCUGAAGGCCUGCCUAUAGGUUCGCCAGUGCGCAAACAUGUCUAUAAUAGAUAUAAAGGCGUUUUAAGAUAUUCAUGUUUCAAGAAAGGAGUAUAUAUAUUGGGCCUGGCGAGAUUUAUGAAGCCUCACUGUCCGAGACCAAAUGUAUCCGACACCGAGCCAGUCAAUAUGUGGUCUCAAGACUGAGUACUACAACACUGGGCAGAGGCAGUAGAAACACUCACAUACAUUUUUGAAAUAACUUCAAUACCUACACCAAUAUAUUUCAGUGACAAUCAGCUUGAAUAUUGUUCUUCAUUAUCAAUGUCACAAAAAUGAACAAUAGUUUUGAAAGGAUUCAUGUUCAGUAUUCUACAAAGAAAAAAACAGGAGUACAGCCCUCCUUCACCAGUAGUGUGGUGGUAUAAACUUGUAUUACACCUAAACAGUAGUGCCUGGCAGAUGUGUAUUGUGUACACUCGAGUUGUGUGUGGCCUGUUGUAGCAAGCUAGCUAGCUACUUGGAUGUGGAAACGUCUCAUACAAUCGUCGGGCGCCCACGUUACGAUUGGUGAUAGGUACUAGACGUCAACUGCGACAGUUAAGAGGAUAGCUAGCUACCUUUCCCGGUUUUGCCAAAUUCAACAAACAAGCGUUCAUUAGCCACUUCCUGUAUCACAUCUGGCCGGUUUUGACCGCAGUCCAGCACAGUUAGCUAGCGUUAGCAAACUAGCUACAGGUAGCUAUCUAGCUAAUACGUCUAAAAUUAAGCUACGAUUUAAGCAACUUCAAUUCUAGAAUAUAGCUAGAUGUUUGUCGUGUGUAUUUUUGCAUGUAUUGUAAGACUACCUUGCGUAGCUUGCGAACUUUUAAACGCUAGCUAACGUUAGAACGUUGUUGCAGUGGCUAGCUUUUUUUGUCCUUUCCAGUUUCGGCCACGAUCGUCACAUAAAGGCAAUUUAAAAGAUUGCCCCAACAAUCGCAGCCUCGUCCUGCCAUGAGAUCACCCUAACAAUAAAUAUUGGGGUGAAGAUGGCUGCAGAGCUCUUUCCCACCAAGAAGCUGGGCCCAGCAUCCUCAACCAACACAGCUGUGCAGCAAUACCAGGAGCAGAACCGGAAUAACAACAACACCAUUCACAGCUGCAACUGGCAAGGGCUCUAUCCUACCAUCCGAGAGAGGAAUUCAGUCAUGUUCAACAAUGAGUUGAUGGCAGAUGUUCACUUUGUCGUUGGCCCCCCAGGAGGGACUCAGCAAGUACCUGGGCACAAGUAUGUGCUGGCUGUGGGGAGUUCUGUGUUCCACGCCAUGUUUUAUGGUGAACUGGCAGAGGACAAGGAAGAGAUCCGUAUCCCUGAUGUGGAGCCUCCCUCGUUCCUAGCCAUGCUGAAGUACAUCUACUGCGAUGAGAUCGACCUGUGUGCCGACACGGUCCUGGCUACGCUCUACGCCGCCAAGAAGUACAUUGUGCCCCACCUGGCUCGGGCCUGCGUCAACUUCCUGGAGACGAGCCUGAGCGCCAAGAACGCUUGUGUGCUGCUAUCCCAGAGCUGCCUGUUUGAGGAACCAGACCUAAUGCAGCGCUGCUGGGAGGUGAUCGACGCCCAAGCCGAGCUGGCGCUGCGCUCCGAGGGCUUCACAGACAUCGACUCGGUGACUCUGGAGAGUAUCCUGCGCCGCGAGACGCUCAACGCCAAGGAGAUGGUGGUGUUCGAGGCGGCAUUGAGCUGGGCCGAGGCCGAAUGCCAGCGCCAGGACCUGACGCCCACCAUUGAGAACAAACGGCUGGCGCUGGGCAAGGCCAUCUACCUGAUCCGCAUCCCCACCAUGACGUUGGAUGACUUCGCCAACGGUGCGGCACAGUCGGGUGUGCUGACGCUCAACGAGACCAAUGACAUCUUCCUGUGGUACACGGCCGCCAAGAAGCCUGAGCUGCUGUUCGCCAGCAAGUCGCGCAAGGGCCUGGCGCCACAGCGUUGCCACCGCUUCCAGUCGUGCGCCUACCGGAGCAACCAGUGGCGCUACCGGGGCCGUUGCGACAGCAUCCAGUUCGCCGUGGACAAGCGAGUGUUCAUCGCCGGCUUCGGCCUGUACGGCUCCAGCUGUGGCUCAGCAGAGUACAGCGCCAAGAUUGAACUCAAGAGGCAGGGCGUGCUGCUGGGCCAGAGCCUCAUCAAGUACUUUUCGGAUGGCUCCAGCAGCACAUUCCCAGUGUGGUUUGAAUACCCUGUGCAGAUCGAGCCCGACACAUUCUACACGGCCAGCGUAGUGCUGGACGGCAACGAGCUCAGCUACUUUGGCCAGGAGGGCAUGACUGAGGUGCAGUGUGGCAAGGUCACUUUCCAGUUCCAGUGCUCUUCAGACAGCACCAACGGGACAGGUGUGCAGGGGGGGCAAAUCCCUGAGCUCAUCUUUUACGCUUGAGCUGUCGAACGUGAGGGAAACGUAACACUCCUUCUUUACGGUCACAGUAAAUGCACUCCUCCGGAUGUUCAGAAAGCAUAAUCUCUUAACUAUGGCUUUAAAAGUGUACCUGGUUUGGAAAAAACAAACAUCCAAUUUAUUGUGAAGGUUAUUUAGUUCAAUAUUCAAUUGCCUUAUGAGUAUGCCGGACCUAGUGUAGGACUGCGUUGAUAUGACCAAAAAAAAUCUUAUUUUAAAUGAAGGGUAGGCAUUUGUUCACAUUUAACUGUUUACUCAUUUGUUUUACUGUUUAUGACGCACAGUUCUCAUUUAACAAGAUUAUUAGUGUUGUAGGUAGCUUUUUUUGUUUUUACUUCAACCAUUCCUAUAAUUUUAAGGAAAACACUACAACUUCAAAAUAAGGUUUUUCAACCUGUGCAAAAAUCGACGUUACUGUAGAGGAUACUUAGGGUAUAAUCAAAUAUUUUUGUAACAUGAGAAAUAGUUUAAACAUUUUUGAUGGUGCAAUUUCUAAGAUUUUCUAUUGUUACCUCUAAGUUUCCCCUUGGGUUUUCUGUGCGAUUAAUAAACUGAGAAUAGACAUCAAACGGAAAUGUAAACCUGUGCUGAGGUUUAAGAUACUUGAGUAUGUUGCUGUCUCAGUGUUAGGCCCUUGUAUGUAUAUAGCUAACUAUUGUUUGCACUAUUAUUGGUACUCUUUUCAAAUGGGACAGCCUUUUUGUAUCUUGCUUCCUUGUAUACACUUUAUUUUUGACCUUGUUUUCUCUGAAAAGCAGUAUGAAGUGUCGCCGUGCUGUGAGUUUGACAGUGUCAAUGGACCUAUGAAUGUGUACUGUUGUUGCAGAUCAAAAAUAAAAUGAACCAGUUCUGUAAAA